CGUCAUCUCUGCUUGGCUUCCAAGCGGACAGUGUGCAGUUAGUGACAGCCGCACACGCGAGCACGGCUCCCGUUUGAGAGUACGAACAAACCGACUGUAGCUUAGCUUGUAGCAUUCAACCCAAUUGACUGAGCGAGAGGCGUGACGAGAAGCGAAUGGACGCCAACAUGUCCAAAGACAAGAGCGACACGAUCAUGGAGGCGGACAACAAGGUGCUUUGGUACCCGGACUCCAAGAGGGACACGCGGAUGGACCAAUUUAGGCGACAGGUGAACCGGGACCAUGGACUCAAACUGGUAAACUAUGGGGACUUGUACCAGUGGUCAGUGGAUUGCUAUGCCGAAUUCUGGUCACGGGUGUGGAGCUUCUGCGACGUGGUCAGCUCCAAACCAUACCACAAGGUGGUGGACUUGUCCAAGCGCAUUUCGGAUGUUCCCGAGUGGUUUUCAGGAGCUCGCCUAAACUACGCUGAGAACUUGCUCAAACACCCUGAGCAGGACAAAGUUGCUCUUUAUGCCGCAACCGAGAAUAAUGAGGACAUCGUAAAAGUGACCUUUCGGGAACUGAGGUGCGAUGUGGCGUUGUUCGCAGCAGCCAUGAGGAAGAUGGGUGUCCAGACUGGGGACAGAGUUGUGGGCUACCUGCCCAAUGGCAUCCAUGCAGUGGAAGCCAUGUUAGCAGCAGCAAGCAUUGGAGCCAUUUGGAGUUCCACAUCUGUCGAUUUUGGGGUCAACGGUGUUCUGGACCGGUUCUCGCAAAUCCAGCCUAAAUUGCUGCUGUCCGUUGCUGCUGUGGUAUACAACGGGAAAACGCACGACCACAUGGAGAAACUCACCUGUGUCGUCAAAGGUCUUCCUGAUCUGCAAAAGGUAGUGGUUAUUCCUUACGCUCGAGACAAACAACACGUUGACCUCUCCAAGAUCCCCAACAGUUUGUUCAUCGACGAUUUCCUGGCAUUUGGUCGCGGUGACAGUGAUCAGCUACCCCAGCUAGAGUUUGAGCAGCUGCCAUUUAGCCAUCCGCUUUUCAUCAUGUACUCCUCGGGAACCACAGGAGCACCCAAGUGUAUGGUCCACUCGGCAGGGGGCACCCUCAUCCAGCACCUUAAAGAACACAUUCUCCACGGCAACAUGAGCAGCAGUGAUGUCAUCAUUUAUUACACUACCACGGGCUGGAUGAUGUGGAACUGGCUGGUGACAUCUCUGGCUGUAGGGGCUUCGGUGGUCCUGUACGAUGGCUCACCACUCAUGCCGUCACCGGACGUCCUCUGGAACCUCACCGAAACUCUGGGCAUCAGCAUCUUUGGCACUGGAGCAAAGUGGCUGUCCGUGCUGCAGGAGAGGAACCUUAAACCUGCUGAAACCCACAACCUUCAGUCUCUGCACACGAUCCUGUCCACUGGCUCUCCUCUCAAGCCUCAAAGCUACGACUACGUCUAUCGCUGCAUCAAGAGCGAUGUGCUGCUGGGCUCCAUCUCCGGCGGCACAGACAUUGUGUCAUGUUUCAUGGGCCAGAACCCAACAGUUCCGGUGUAUCGGGGUGAAAUCCAGACAAGAAAUCUGGGCAUGGCUGUGGAAGCGUGGAACUUUGAAGGUAAGCCUGUUUGGGGAGAAAGUGGUGAGCUGGUGUGUUUGAAACCCAUCCCAUGCCAGCCCACGCAUUUCUGGAACGAUGACAAUAGCAGCAAGUACCACAAAGCCUACUUUUCCACAUUCCCAGGCGUCUGGGCCCACGGCGAUUACUGCAAAAUCAAUCCCAAGACUGGCGGCAUCGUCAUGCUUGGCAGGAGUGAUGGAACGUUGAACCCAAAUGGUGUCCGAUUUGGCAGUUCUGAGAUCUACAACAUUGUGGAGGCCUUCGAGGAGGUUUCGGAUAGCCUGUGCGUGCCGCAGUACAAUUCCGACGGCGAGGAGAGGGUGAUCCUUUUCCUUAAGAUGGUGCCCGGGAAAGCGUUCAGCACCGAGCUGGUGGCCCGAGUGAAGGCAGCAAUUCGGAAAGCGCUGUCCGCCCGCCAUGUGCCCGCCCUCCUUUUGGAGACCGCAGACAUUCCUUACACCCUGAGCGGGAAAAAGGUGGAAGUGGCGGUGAAGCAGGUCCUGGCAGGCCGCGAGGUGUCUCAGCGGGGGGCUUUCUCCAACCCCGAUUCUCUGGAUCUCUACAAGAACAUUCCAGAACUGCAGAAUUUCUGAGCAAAGCGGGUCUUCCAAAAGUAAGCAAAGGAUAAAUUUGUUUAGCUGGUGGAUCAAACAGCGGACAGUGACAUUACUAACAAAAGAGGCAAGUCUUAGCAUAAGCAUUCGCACUUUGAUUUGCAAUCAGCCGAUAUUUUUCUCACCCGCUUCAAACUCCCAAACAACAAAAUUGUGCUCAACAUUCCCAAACUAAACAGAAAAAAGUCUUGGGAAGAUUUUCAUUCUACUUCUCUCAAAUACCAGAAAAUAACUCAUCACGUUCUAUUGGUUAUCAACAAUGACUGUCUUUGAACUGGAAUUUUUCUUAAUUAAUUGUGCUUCAUAAUAGACCAUAUUGACAAGAAUAUUGAGACAGCUUAAAUUCUUCUAGGAAUGGUAAAGAAAAAAAAAACCUCAAAUGUUUAACUUUCUAUUAGGAUUUAUUUUUCUUAAGAUUGCCGUCCCAUGUGAUUACAUGGAUACAAGUAUUAGGACACCACCCACUUUUCCAGGAUGGAAAACCCAAAUGUGUAUGUGUAGGGUGGGGUGCCAUUGUGUGACAUUAACCUCAAAAUCACAUCUCUGGCAAACUUUACUGUCGAAAUACGCUCAACGUCCAUUGCUUUUGCCGAUGCUACAUUGUGCACAGAAAGGUUUUAACUUUUUUUUUUUUUCUCUACCGAUCAGAUGAAUGAAAAGGACUGUAACUUGGGUAAUUUGGUUCCAUGAACCAGACAGGGACUCGGCUAGCUUUAACAAAAUUACAUGUCUGUGAAUAAUUGUGCCCAAAAUAUGCUAAUAUGAUCAGAAACGUAUGAUUUUUCCCCCCCGUUUCAUUCCAUGAAGACUCAUGUCCAAAUGUUGGACAUUUGUUAUACUUUUAUGUUGGAUAUUUUUUGUAAUGCUUGGGGGGAAAAAAUACAUUUUCUUGACAUGUGUUGUAAAUGUUGUCCUGCAUGUUGGCUAAGUGGGGGGAAAAAGUAUUUAUGAUGACCUCACUGUACAUACAUAAUUGAUGUCCAAAAUAAAUGUUUAA